GAGCCAAUUUCACACUACUAAACGAGUCGAAGCACUAGGCUUCAGAACGAGAAUGAACAUGCAAUACCCAGAAAUACAAUUACUUUGAAGCUUAGCAAAGAUUUAAAGAAGUAUUCUUGGUGGGCUUGGUUGUAAUAGAAAUGGGGAUGCUUUACGAGGAUGUGGUUUUGAUCAGUGAAGCAGAGAAGCCAGGUGACUCAACUGUGAUUACUGUGAAUUGUCCUGAUAAAACUGGACUUGGUUGUGAUUUAUGUCGGAUUAUUUUGCUUUUUGGGUUGAGCAUUUCCAGAGGAGAUUUGCAAACGGAUGGGAAAUGGUGCUAUAUAUUGCUUUGGGUGGUGGGGAAAUCAAACACAAGGUGGAGUUUGUUGAAGAUGAGGCUAUUGGAGGUGUGUCCCUCGUAUUUUUCGACAUCUGAAAUCUCUUAUUAUAGGCCAAAGAACCAGCAGCCGAAGAAACCAGAUGUGUUUCUCUUAAAGUUCUGGUGUUCCUAUGAUCGAGAAGGCCUUUUACAUGAUGUGACUGAAGUUCUUUGUGAGCUAGAGCUGACCAUAAAGAGAGUGAAGGUGUCCACUACCCCUGACGGAAGAGUGAUGGACCUCUUUUUCAUCACAGAUACCAGGGAACUCCUUCAUACAAAACAUCGGCAGGAAGAAACAAUUCACUGCUUGGAAGAUAUAUUGGGGGAUGCAUUGAUAAGUUGUGAGAUCGAAUUAGCAGGUGCAGAAGUUACCGCAUGUUCCCAAGGCUCGUCUUUUCUUCCUUCUGAAAUUACAGAACACAUGUUCAACUUGGAGCUGCCUGAUCGACAACAAAAUGGAUUCUUUACCUCUAAUCCUGUUUCUGUUUCAAUGGAUAAUACCCUUAGCCGCUCUCACACGCUUCUUCAGUUUGUCUGCAAGGAUCAUAAAGGUCUUCUGUAUGAUAUAAUGAGAACCCUGAAGGAUUAUAAUAUACAGAUUUCUUAUGGGCGAUUCUAUGCAAACCCGAAAGGGAAUUGUGAAGUAGAUUUGUUCAUAAUGCAAGCAGAUGGCAAGAAGUUAGUUGACCCGAAUAAGCAAGAUGCUUUGUGCUCUCGUCUGAGAAUGGAACUUCUUUGCCCUCUUCGAGUUGCUGUGAUAAGCAGGGGUCCUGAUACACAACUACUCGUUGCCAACCCUGUCGAGUUGUCUGAAAGGGGCCGGCCUCUUGUCUUUUACGAUAUUACCUUGGCUCUCAAAAGUUUGAACACUGGAAUCUUCUCGGUGGAGAUCGGAAGACACAUGAUUCAUAACCGGGAAUGGGAAGUAUAUAGAAUUCUGCUUGAUGAAGGGGAUGGAUUUACCGCGCCUAGGAACAAGAUUGAAGAGGGUGUUAGGAAAAGACUAAUGGGUUGGGAUUAGAUAAGGUUAGUUAUUUCAGUUAAGUAGGCUUCACCACCCACUGUACAGCAUAUUUUCUCAGCCUGCUAAGUCUAUACAACAACAGCUACACGCUAACCAUAUACAAAAUGUAGAUCAUGAAACGCCUUCAUGGGAAAUGAAAAAUGUUUUUUUUAA